UGCCUUGUAUGCACCCUUUGUUGUUGAUAUUGGCUGGCUGUUAACUGUUUCAGCUUUUUGCCUGCGACGCUUUAAAGAGCUACUUGAUCCCCCGGUGAUCGCUGCCAGGACAGCAGAGGCUUUAUGGAGGCUGCGGGGCAGAUGUAGAGUGAUGCUUUAUAUUCAUCCUUCGCUUGAUCGGGUUUCACUGGAUUGGCCGAGGCGGAUGCCAUUCAAUAGCUGCACUCUCCCAGCGUGCAUGGGUAUAAACAGCAUGGCCAUCGCACAUUCCAGUGGGUCUAAAUAUAUCUAUUAAGGCCAGAGGAGGGGGAGGACUGGUGUAGGGGGGGGGCUCAUCCUGGGACGUUUCACUGUGUGGUGAACUCACUUCAAUUAUCAUCCGGAGAUUGACAAUCGGUUGUUGCACCCAAAGAGGAGAACUUGGCCCUAUCCAAAACAUGCCCUCGAGUUACAAUGUGAGAUCCAGGGCGCGGGAGAGAAACAGCGUCCUGAGCCGACCUGAGUUCAUAUCCCUGAACCAGCCCCUCCGCGGCGGCGCCGGAGGAGGCGGUGGCCCCUCUGACAGCCGAGGCAGCGCGAGGAGACCGUGUCAAAUCAAGCACCAAACAAGCCAGCCGAGUGAGGAACCUACCGACAGUGGCAGCAAGGACAGGAGAGAGCCCAGCAAGAUGCCAGAGGAGGACUGCAUGCAGCUCAACCCUUCAUUCAAGGGGAUAGCGAUGAACUCCCUCCUCGCCAUUGACAUCUGUCUGUCCAAGCGCAUGGGGGUAUGCGCCUACACGUCCUCCUCCUGGGGAGGCUGCCGCUCCAUGGUCGCCCUGUUGGCGCUCACAGGGCACGGCAUCACGUGGAUCAUUGGCACUAUCGUGUGUCUCACGAGGAGUAACACUCUGGCUGGACAAGAGGUCCUGGUCAACCUGCUGCUGGCCCUCAUUCUUGACGUCAUGACCGUGGCAGGAGUCCAAAGACUGGUGAAGCGCAGGGGCCCCUGGGAGAUGACACCAGGCUUCAUGGACUGUGUUGCCAUGGAUAUUUACUCCUUCCCCGCUGCUCAUGCCAGCCGGGCCGCCAUGGUCUCCAAGUUUCUGCUGUCGCACCUGGUCCUGGCUGUGCCGCUGCGCAUCCUGUUGGUCCUGUGGGCCCUCCUGGUGGGCAUGUCCCGGGUGCUGCUGGGGAAACACCACCUAACUGAUAUGGUGUGUGGCUUUGCGCUGGGCAUGCUCCACUUUAGCUUGAUGGAGACGGUGUGGCUCUCAUCGAGCACCUGUCAGACUCUUAUUUCCAUCAGCACGCUCAGCUGGAGCCCCUUUUUCUGAGUUUUUGAUAUGAAGGUAGGCUAGCAAGGUUUAUUAAUACACUAUUCCUGCAGUGUCAAGGACUUACGGUCUUAUGAAGUUAUUUUUGCAAGGGUCCGAAGUUCUUAUGUAAGCAGGGAAUCAUUCAUAUUUGGAAUCAGGUGUUGGCUUGCAUGUUAGGCCCAAGACCGGCAGGUCACAACACAUUACAAGACCUUCAUAAUGCUUCACAAAUCCUAGCAUCUUCAGUCAAACUGACUAAAACACACCUCUGCUGCUCCUUCAUUUCAGUUAAGUACUAAUAAUAAUGUGAAAAUUAUGACAAUUGCAAACUGAAAAUGUAUGUGCCAGAUUUCUGAAGGUGUUUCUUUCAAAACAUCAUCCUUAACUGAAACUCUUUUCAACAAAUUCCCUCUUGAGACUGUAUAUCACUUCCUCUUUGCCAACUUACCUCCUUUUGCUUCCUCUCUUCCUGCUACCUCUUCCUCUUUUUUUCUUUUUUUUUGGGGACAUUAAAACACUUCUACCACGUUGAGCACUGAAUAGAGUUUGGUGUAAGGCUGUAUUAUUGGGUGUAACACUAAAAUGUAUAAAGUAUUUGUGAUUUGGAUAUUCCACAUUGCUCCUCAUUGGCAUGACUAUUAUGUUUGUAUAUUUCGGAUGGGAUUCUGUUCUGCUUACUGAAUUCUUAAUAUGAGCUUAUGUUGAUGCCACUAAUUUUAGCUGCUUGUGUAAAACAAAUGUCAUGCGCAGAAUUUAAUAUUUUUCUUUCAACAUGCCAUGUAUGAUUUAAUAAGUUCUUUUUUAAAAUCUUUUAUAGCAGAUGCUUCUCUUCAGCUCCUUCAGCCUAACAGAUGCUUAUGGUUCGUCAGCAAUGCUGAUUCGGUGCCCCAAAAAACAAGUCAAGUUUUGGAUAAGUUAUACCUUUUUUUGGAAUGUGUUUCUUAUGGAAUUUUGAAUGAAACCUGCUGUUUUUUUGUAGCAAUUUUUUGUGGUUUGGUGUGUAAAUACAGUUUUGUGUACAUGAGUUUGUUU